UGUACGAGCCAGUAUUGAGGAGACUCCAUCGACAUCGAGUUAUCGCCGCUCUCAGGAAUUAGACAUCUCUCGCACCACUCUCCGACGCAUAAUUCAUAAAGAUUUGAAGAUGUUUCCAUAUAAAAUUCAAAUGGCACAAAAACUAAACCCAGCUGAUUAUCCGCGACGCCUUAAUUUUGGCAAAUGGGCCAUCGAAAUGUCUGAAAACGAAAAAUGGUGAUGUUGACUGGCCACCGAGAUCACCAGAUUUGACGCCACCAGACUUUUAUUUGUGGGGUUAUUUGAAAUCCAAGGUAUACGCUAAUAAGCCAAAGACCUUAGCUCAACUAAAAGCCAACAUUCGACGUGAAACAGCCGCCAUAUCAUCCGAAACAUUGGCCAAAGUCAUGGAAAAUGUCGAAAAAAGAGUGCAUUUAGCUGUCAAAGCUAAAGGUGCCCAUUUACGCGAUCUAAUUUUUAAAUAUUAGCUGAAACAAAUCCCCUUGGACCAAAAUAAAUUAUUUUUGAAAUGAACAAAAAACAUUGUUUUCUUUUGUUCUUUUUUUUUGGCCUACCCUGUAAGUAUGUAUGAUGCUAUUUGAACGAUUCUUGUUUUUGUAGAACAAUAUUUAUACUUUUUGCGGGUGACAUAUUUACAUGUGUACACAUAUUUGUAUGUUGGUUGUGUAUACAUACAUGUGUGUACGUAAAUAUAGAGAAGCGCGCGCAUUUCUAUAUUACUGAUAAAUGAUAAUAUCUUGAUUUGAAAUUGAUUUGUACUUGCAUACAUACCUGCAGAAUAGAUGCGUAUGAAAGUUUUAAAUGAUAAGAGGUGUGAUUUACAUAUAUUAUUAUUGUAAUAUAUUAUGUUUUUAGGAUAUUACGAUAAUAUAUCACAUAUAUAGCAUAUAUACAUGAAUAUGAAAUUAUAUUAUAUUAUCAAAGUUAAGAAAUAUUUAAAAAUUAACCGUUAUUCACACAUUAACUACAAAUAUGACCUUGAAAUAGCAUAAUUUCAUUACAAUAUUAUCAAUUUUGCAUAAAUUCACAAAAAUUCGCAAAAUGAUAUUCAUAUCAAUUGAUAUGAUUGCAUGUAAACGUAAAAAAUAUAAGCAAAAGAGCAACACACAUACGUCUGUAAUAGCAAUGUAUAUUUCUGAGCAUAAUUUUCAUUGAAUGCUCAGCUCUGUUCGCUCAGCACUGUUAACCUUUCCCCUUCUCAGCCAAAAGUGGUGAAAUCCACUAAUAGGAUUUUGUUAGCUCUUGACAGUUCACACGCUUGUCCGCAAUUGGACCUUCUCUAUAUUAUACGUUCUCUGGUACAUAUACCGCAUAUUUCAUCGUUAAAUUUGGCGCAAUUCCUCCAUGAAAACAUACAUACAGCAAAUACUCAGCCAAAAAAAGCAUGCAUAUGUCUAUUGUAAAUACAUUUUCAUAGCUUUUACUUCAUUGGCUGUCUCUUAUUUGUAUAUAAGCAUUACUUUUCUCAUUGAUCACUGAAAAUGCUCAAUUCUGCUAUUUUCGACGCUCCUGUUAAAUAUUGGUGAAUCCGCUUAUAGAAAACAGUUCUCCUGAUUUUGAGGUGAAAUCCACUAAUAGAAAAGAGUUCCCCUCCAAAAAAUGAAAUAUCGUAAGUUUGGCAACGCGGUGGACCUUCUCUAUAUUAUACGUUCUCUGCUCCAAGCUGUGCCGAAAAAAAUAAACGAAUGGCCGCCUAUUGUCACCGCUUCCCUUGCCGCUGCAACAGCUUUGCCAACAAAUGUGAGUAAAUAUGUAUGUAUGUAUACGUAUGGGCGUGAAUACAUAUCCACGCAGAUUUUUGCGAGUCACGGAAAAAUAUUUAGAAUGGACAAAUAUUAUAAAUCUACAACUGCGUUGUUGCCACUUUUCUCACGUCUUUCUGUGAAGAAGCAUCAGAAAGUUGUUCAAUUUAUGAUUUUUAGCUUUUGAAAUCGUCGCGAAAAAACGCUUCUAGGCAAAGGCAUGCUCGGGGAGAUGUUACGGCGUCUGUUUAUAUGAAUGAAGCGAGGUCGCUUGUGGCAUAUGCGCCUGCGUUUAUGAAUGAAAUCGUUUUUGUUGUAAAAUUUACUACAUUUGGGCUUCGCCAAUUCGGCUGCCAUAUUGAAGCUGUAAACACAAAACGACGACAGGUCGACAACGACAUCUGUCAAAUAUUACACACGUUCUUAUGGACACUUAUUUUGACAACGACACGAAAACACGACUGUAGGCCGACAGUUGUCAUUCUCGCUAAUUCCUAUUUUCCAACGACAGUAGAACGACAGUAGAAUGAAGAAGAGAGAUGAGGAAGAGUGGUGAUGCCACUAAUAUGUAAAAUAUAAAAUUAUUCACAUCUAUUACAAACUUGACGUUAUUUUACAAAUAAAAGCAUAAAAUAGCUCUAUUUUAUCAUUUGUAAUAACAAUUGAUAAUUUAAAACAAAAAUAUAUACCUAUUUACUUAUUUUUUGCAUAAAAAAUUUAACUUUUAACAAAAUAUUAAAAUUUCAUUGAAGUGCAAGGUAUUAGUAUGGCCACAACGAAAUUGUGUACAUGCAAAAUGGACAGCUGCGUUGUUUUGUGUACAUGCCGGCCAUUGUUUUGUGUACAUGCCGGCAAUUGUUUUGUGAUAUUUGAAGUGAAUAGGUCUACUUGCGAUAUAAAUAUGGACGACGAAAUUUUAAUUGAAGAAGUGAGAAAUUGCCCAUUGAUAUACGAUAUCUCGAACGCAGAUUACAAGAAUAUCAGAAAAAAAGAAAUGGCGUGGAAAGAAAUUUCUAAAAAAACAAGGUUGAGCGAAUUUGAAUGCAAAAAUAGGUGGAAGAGUCUCCGUGACUGCUACAAAAGAUGCAAAAGAAUGGAGCAAAUCGCUUCCGGAAGUGGCCAACAAACUCCCCGGAGAAAGUGGCGAUAUCUGGAGGCGAUGGCCUUUAUGGAAACAAUUCCAAAUUCAAGGCAUACUAUUAGCAGCAUAAGCGAGGAGGUCGGGAGAAUUAUUGAACCAUCUUUGGAGGCAUCGACAUCUUCGUCGACAAUGGAGACCGCGCAGCCGACGUCUUCGAAUAAGCGUGGACAGAAGAAAAAGAACGGUGAAGCGUUGGCGAAAUUCCUUCAAACGGCAGGCGAGAGCAUAAGCACUAUGAUAGAUGAAUCGCGAUCGCGGAAAACUGAUACGACAGCACAACAUUUUGCUUCCUUGGCUGCGAAGAUUUCGGAAGCCGGUCUUCCUCAAGAAAUGGUCCUACAUAUCGAAGCAAAAGUGUCGGCUUUAGUAUUCAAAGAAAUUAGCGAUUUUUAUUCAGGGUAUUUGGGUUAGUGA